CUGUUGCUGCUGCUGCUGCUGCUGCUGCGGGUGCAGGCAAGGCUUGAAGCGACGGGGAGGUGGGUCUCCGCGCUCAGGCGCCGGGGCAGCCCCAGGGCGGUUCCUAAGCCUGUGGAACAGCUCCUGUGGAGAAGGUGGAGGCUAGAAUUGCGACCUUGGCCAGACCUAGUUCGGUGGUGGACGUAGGGCGGAGGCAGAGGCCGAGCCCGGGCAGGAGUGUUUGGCGAGCCAGAGGGAGGCGCAUCUGGCGCUUCAGUGCUAGCCGCAGCCCGGGGUCUUGUGCGGCUGGAGAAGCUCAGCGGGACCUGGAGAGAGCCAGCAGGUUUGGAGGGCGGCCCCGUGGGUCCUGCAGCCCGGUUUUAGGCACCAUCGGGAGCUAAGCCGCGCGUCUUUUCGGGCAACCAGUUUUCACGCGCGCGACAGUUUGCGGGUUCCGGGCAGCCCAGAAACCUUGAGCACGGAGGCGCGGCUACUGGGAGCUAGAGCCACCUCCCAGACCUAGCCUGGCAGAGGGACCAGCCGCGGGGUCCAUCGACCUAACCGCCAGGUCAGAGCACGGGCCCCACCCUAAAGGAGGGCGCAGCCGGAGCUGGGAGGUCGGUGCCAGGGCUCCGGAGCUCGCGUCGUGGGCGCCGUCCUAGUGGCGGGGAGCGCACCGCCAAGGGGACAUGAGAUCGGAGAAAUCCCUGACGCUGGCGGCGCCGGGGGAGGUCCGCGGGCCGGAGGGGGAGCAACAGGAUGCGGGUGAGUUCCCGGAGGCCGCGGGCGGCGGCGGCUGCUGUAGUAGCGAGCGCCUGGUGAUCAACAUCUCCGGGCUGCGCUUCGAGACGCAGCUGCGCACCCUGUCGCUGUUCCCCGACACGCUGCUCGGAGACCCCGGCCGCAGAGUCCGCUUCUUUGACCCUCUGAGGAACGAGUACUUCUUUGACCGCAACCGACCCAGCUUCGAUGCCAUCCUCUACUAUUAUCAAUCCGGAGGGCGCCUGCGCAGGCCGGUCAAUGUGCCCCUGGACAUCUUCAUGGAAGAGAUUCGCUUCUAUCAGUUGGGAGAUGAAGCCCUGGCGGCCUUCCGGGAGGACGAGGGCUGCCUGCCCGAAGGUGGCGAGGAUGAGAAGCCACUCCCCUCCCAGCCUUUCCAGCGCCAGGUGUGGCUCCUCUUUGAGUACCCGGAGAGUUCCGGACCCGCCCGAGGCAUCGCCAUAGUCUCAGUGUUGGUCAUCCUCAUCUCCAUCGUCAUAUUUUGCCUGGAGACCUUGCCUCAGUUCCGAGCAGAUGGCCGCGGUGGAGGCAACGAGGGUAGUGGGACCCGUAUGUCCCCAGCCUCCAGGGGGAGCCACGAGGAAGAGGAGGAGGAGGAGGAUUCCUAUGCAUUUCCUGGUGGCAUUUCCCCUGGGGGGAUGGGGACCGCAGGAACAUCCUCAUUCAGUACUCUAGGGGGUUCCUUCUUCACGGACCCCUUCUUCCUGGUGGAAACUCUGUGUAUUGUCUGGUUCACUUUUGAGCUCCUGGUGCGCUUCUCUGCCUGCCCCAGCAAGGCGGCCUUCUUUCGCAACAUCAUGAACAUCAUUGACCUGGUGGCCAUCUUCCCCUAUUUCAUCACCCUGGGCACCGAGCUCGUGCAACGUCAGGAGUCCGUGAGUGGUGGCAGUGGCCAGAAUGGGCAGCAGGCCAUGUCCCUCGCCAUCCUCAGGGUGAUCCGACUGGUCCGGGUGUUUCGAAUCUUCAAGCUCUCCCGCCACUCCAAGGGGCUGCAGAUCCUGGGUAAGACCUUGCAGGCGUCCAUGCGAGAGCUGGGGCUGCUCAUCUUCUUCCUCUUCAUCGGAGUCAUCCUCUUCUCCAGCGCCGUCUACUUCGCAGAGGCGGAUGAUGAUGACUCGCUCUUCCCCAGCAUCCCAGAUGCCUUCUGGUGGGCUGUGGUUACAAUGACCACGGUAGGUUAUGGGGAUAUGUACCCCAUGACGGUGGGGGGCAAGAUCGUGGGCUCACUGUGUGCCAUUGCUGGGGUCCUCACCAUUGCGUUACCAGUACCGGUCAUUGUCUCCAAUUUCAACUACUUCUACCACCGAGAGACGGAGCAAGAGGAGCAAGGCCAGUACACUCACGUCACUUGUGGACAGCCUACACCAGACCUGAAGGCCACGGACAAUGGGCUUGGCAAACCUGACUUUUCCGAGGCAUCGCGAGAGCGGCGACCUAGCUACCUUCCCACUCCACAUCGAGCGUAUGCAGAGAAAAGGAUGCUUACCGAGGUUUGAUGGAUGCGGGCAGGGCCUUGUAGAAAAACGGGAGCCCUGAGCAAGCCACCUCUCAGGCUUCCUUCUCAUGCUCACUACUCCGCCUUAGCUCCAGAGGACCUCCACCCCCUCCCUCGUACCCAGUACACGGCAUCCUGGACCAAAUAUCUGGACUGUAGACUGUUGCUUGAUCCUCGCAGCAUUCGAGGUUUCUCCAUCUUAGUGACAUUUUGCAAAUUUCAACGGUGCCACCCAGUCAUGCCCAUCUGUCACGUGGAUGAGACACACAUUUCUGACUGACCUUCCCUCAAGACUGAAAUUUCAUGCCUGGGUCUCGUAACAUCUCUAGGAAUGGUGACGUCAAUAGAAUAGGAAACAGCUACACUCAGGUCCCUUUGCUUUGGGUCAUGCACCUUCCUUGGCAUCUGAUCACUUGGUCACUGGCAGAAUCUGGAGAAUGGAAAGGAAUUCAGCUUGCUGCUUUAGUGCCCUGUCCAUCUUCUGGCCAGGAGAGCUGUUAGCUACACAGCUUUGAAAGAGAUUCAUGGCUAAAUUUGGAUGGAAUUAGAGAAAAUACUACCCAACUGGAUUAUUUGAAGAACGUGAGAGUCAGGUCCAGACCAAAGGGGCCAGUUGAUUCCUUUAGGUGUGAUCUGGCACAGGAGCCACUGGCUGUGGUUCUCCCCACUCUGAUUCCCCAGUGGCUCCCUUAAGCUUCCAGGAAAGCACCUUCUCAGAUUUCUCUUUUUGUGCAAGCGCCUUCAUGUGCAGAGGAAAAUGGAACCAUGGAGCAAGGAGAAAAGGCUUGCCAGAGCCAAGUGACUGGCUGGACCACAUAUCUGAAGCUAGGUACCACUUAGCAGUGACUGUCAACUAGGGCAGGCAGAGGGACUCUGCUGCAGACAGCAGCCAAGUCUCCCUAGUUAGCCCAGACCUCUUCUCUAAGGCAUCCUCCAUCCUUCUCCCUGGGAAUCUGACCCAGGAGUGCAGAGGAAUUUUGAUAAAUCGACCUCAGCUGUAACCUGCAGACAGGUUAGUUCACACACAGAAUGCCAGCGUAGCUUUCCUCCCAUGCCACGGGCAAUAUUUAGUUUGGAGCAGGGAACGGGCAUGGUCAUUUUGUUGACAGCCCGUCUCUUAAAGGGUUUUGCUGUGUCAAGCAAACAUUUGUCUGUUCUGCUCUUCCUUUGGAUCUGCAUCUGGCCUGCUCUAAUUGCUAAGGUAACUCGAUGGUUCCCAUUUGGACAAAGCCAUCUUCUCCCAUUGUGAAACCACUGCCACCCUUCCCAGCUGCCCACUGCCCUCUUCCCCAGUAACAUUGCCAUUCAGUUUUGCCUUUGAUAAACUGUGAUAUACUGUUUUCAGCUCUCAUGGGUGCGGUUCUGAAACUUAAGGGACUGUUACCAUGUUUUUUUUAAAUUUUAUAUCAAUGCUUUAAGACUCUUCAAAGAGAAUGCUUUUCCAAAAGAUUUUCUUGAAGAGCAGCUUAUAAGGGACUGACCUUGGGGGUUGGCUUGACAGACACCAUGGCUCCAGUGACAGGUCACAAUCUGGGUUUUUUGCCAUGGCUUUACAGAGUAGCUUUGGUGUCAUAGUCCCUCUUUGUGCCUCAGUUUCCCCACCCAUUAAAUGAGAAUAUUAAUGUCUUCCCCUCCCUACCUCAUGGGGAAUAUCAAUAACUCACCCAGGAAGGUGUGGAAGAUGCUAUGCAAAUGUGUGAAUUAUAGUCAUGGUUUUGAGUUUUAGUUCAUUAUCCUGCUUUCCUGUCUCCCAAAGGCAAAGCCUUUCCCCAGAAGUUUCCACCUUGGAUCCAAAGCCUAAGACUAGGCCAUUGUAGACCAUCAGCUUUCUAAGUCUCUCUAUGACCCCUUGGGCUCAGCCUCCAUCCUUUCUCUUACCCUUCAGAAUGGGAUGUAUUCUUGAGGUGGACUUGGUGACCAGAGGUCACCUUUCCUGGGAGCUUGACUUAUCCAAGCCUGCAGCACAGUAAAAGACAGAGAUGUCUUUUCCUAUUCCAGACACCUAUUCCAAGGCCAGUAAGAAAGUACCUUUUGUUUCUAACCUUUUCUGUUACUCCUGAGCCCACCCCAGUGGCCAAAGGGAUGCCCCCAGCUGAGGGUGAAUGUGGGAACUUGUGAGCAUGUACCUCUCUGUGUGUGUAUAUAUAUCAUCACCUUCAUCACUGUCCUUGUCCUUAUGCAAACAUUGCCUUUUCAAGUCAGAGCAUGCCUGAGAGUAAAAGGUUUGUGGAAAGCCAGGCUUUCUAGGGACUCUGGUUGCUGUAGCAACCUUCCAGACUAUUCUCUCUACUGAUUUGAGUAUCAAAGGAGAAGAGACUACUUAUCCCAGCUUCUUAAAUGGGAACACCUCCCAUCUAUUGGUUUAGGCGUUGGUAAGACAAGGACUCAGGACAUUUGAAAUGUGGAGGAAGUAGAGUCUCAACACCUCCUGCCUGUACCUUUUCCCUAGUUCUCUAUCUGAUCUCUGAAGCUUACCCCAAGUCUUCAGAAACUUGAAUUCGUGAAAACUGCCCAAUUAAGCCAACAGCAAUGUUGAGGUUUUUCAAAAGGAGACCCCAGAGGGGUACAGAAUGCCACCCCCCCCCCAGCAGCCAGACUGGGCCAUGAGGACAUAGAUGAUACCAGUCUGAGGCAUCAUGGCAUUCUCAUCUCAGAUGCAGGCUCUUCCCAGCCCUAAGAGAGAGCAAGAAGAAUGGAAUUUCUCCCUCCCAGGGAGCAGCAUUGCUCCUGGCAAGAACUGCAAAGGUGGUUCUUCAGACAUCAGCCAGAAACUGAGAGGUGGUGACUCAAUCUAGUUUUUGCGGAGAAUUUUGCCCCAGUGACCCCUCCCUGCUUCCGAGCCUCCAUGUGGAGACCGUAACCUCGGAAUCAAGAGAACGUGUACUGUGUGCUGCUUCGGCAGCUGGAAUAGCAUCACAGCUGCCCAAGAAGGUGGGGUCUGAGCCAUCCUAACAACUGACGUAAGCCACUGGGGGCUCCCAGAGGACUCCCUGGGACUGCCAGUUUCUGCUUGGGAUGAGGACUCUCCUCCUGCCUGACAUCCCAGAGGAGCAAGGGACAGCUGGCCUUCCUUGCGUCGGAGGGUCGUCCUGCAUGUGGACCACUCCGGAAUACCUAUGCAUUCCUUUCUGAGAGCGGCUGGACGAAGACUACCUGAUCUUCAACUGUUCCGGAGGAUGAGACCCCCUUCCCCCCCACUCCCCACUCAAUGACUCAGCCUGACAGCCCCUGGUUGCUUUCCACAAGCAGCAACUGAGACAGAAAAGGCUGAGACGGGGGAGUUCCUUGCAGUGAAAGAUGGAAUUGUGAAUGUUGGGGUAGGGCCAUAGGAGGAGAGUGAGAGCUGAUGGUGUGAUCAAAAGAGAAGAGGUAUUGGGAUGAUGUGGGAUCACAAGGAUUCGUGACUGUGCCGCAGAGCCACCCGGGCACGAGCUGGCUGUGGAAGAGUAACUCAUAAAUAAAUGACAGUCUCAGAAACCAGGCCUUAUGCUGUGUAACA